AUGUUAGUGGCGUAUCACGUUUUCUCACUCGCUCGCCCUGGCAACGCAACCCCGCGGACAUCGCAUUUGGCCCUAUCGCCUUCCGCGUUCCCCACGCUUCCCCCCACCGCCUCUCACACACCCCCCCACGCACACCCACGCGAACCCUCACCGUCGCCCAAGCUCCUCCCCACCGACGCGCACGCUACCCCUUACCGCAGCGAACGCUUCCUCCUGCCUUCACCGACGCUUCACCACAUCGUCGCUCACGCCUUCCCCCACCUUCCCUCACGGUGGGAAGCUCAUCGCCCACGGUUCUCCCCACCGUCGCCCACGCUUCCCCCGAACGUCGCCCACGCUUCCCCCUACCGUCGCCCACGGUUCCUCCCACCGUCGCCCACGCUUCCCCCCACCGUCGCCCACGCUUCCCCCCACCGUCGCCCACGGUUCCUCCCACCGUCGCCCACGCUUCCCCCCACCGUCGCCCACGCUUCCCCCCACCGUCGCCCACGGUUCCUCCCACCGUCGCCCACGCUUCCCCCCACCGUCGCCCACGCUUCCCCCCACCGUCGCCCAUGCUUCCCCCCACCGUCGCCCACGCAACCCCCAUCGUCGCCCACACUUCCUCCCACCGUCUCCCACGCUUCCUCCUACCGUCAUCCACGCUUCCCCCCACCGUCGCCCACGGUUCCUCCCACCGUCGCCCACGCUUCCCCCCACCGUCGCCCACGCUUCCCCCCACCGUCACCAAGUCGUUCCCCCACCGUCGCCCACGCUUCCCCCUACCGUCACCAAGUCGUCCCCCCACCGUCGCCCACGCUUCCCCCCACCGUCGCACACGCUUCCCCCCACCGUCGCCCACGCUUCCCCCCACCGUCGCCCACGCUUCCCCUCCCAUCGUCCUCCCAGCCGCCUGGAAAUUUCCCUCCCCGCCGACCUCCCUUCCCUCCCACCUCUCUCCACGUCGUCAUCACUCCCCUGCCUAUCACGUUCCCCCUCUUCAUCACCAUCGCUUCUCCACCCACGCCGCCCACCCUCUCAUCCGUGCCUAUCGUCUUUAGGUUCGUCGUCGCUUCCCUUCCCAUUGCCGCAUUUGGUCCCUCUCGCUCUCCCCAUUGCCACCUUCUCUACUCCUACCACCCCACCCUUGCACCCUCCUUUCCUUCUCUCUCAUUCUCCCUCCCCCCCUGCCUCUCACCCACCCUGGCCGCGGACGUACGGCGGGCCGGUCUCGAGCGCGAGGGAUGGGGUCGUGACUCGCGAGCGGUGGGAUGUGGGAGGGUGCGUGGUCAGCAGCACCCACCCUUCUCUCUCUUGCACCAACCCCGCACGUAUGGCAGGUGCUGCUGCGGCUUUGGAGCAGAACGCUGGGCGCACAGCCGCGGCGGCGCGUGCAGUCGGGCAGCAAGGAGCGCAGUGCUGCAAGGGGCACGGCAGGGGAGCGGGGGAGGCGGGGCAGGGGAUGCGGGGUUGGUGCGGGGCAGGGGAGGCGGAGGGGAGGGAGAGAGGGUCCAGGGAUCCUCCUAUCCCCCGUUCCACCCUUAUACCCUGCCCUCCUCCCUUACUCUGUUCGUUCGUUCCCCUACAGUCGUCCUCCCCUUCCUUCAUCUCAUCAUCGCUUCCUCUCAUCCUCCUUCCCUCUUAUCCUCCCUCCCUCUCAUCCGCCGUUCCUCUCAUCCUCCCUUCCUCUCGUCUUCCCUUCCUCUCAUCCUCUCUUUCUCUCAUCCUCCCUUCCUCUCAUCCUCCUUUCCUCUCAUCCUCCCUUCCUCUCGUCCUCCCUUCCCUUCUUCCGCCCUCCCUCUCAUCCGCCCUUCCUCUCAUCCUUCCUUCCUUGCAUCCUCCCUUCCUCUCAUCCUCCCUUCCUCUCGUCCUCCCUUCCUCUCAACCUCUCUUUCUCUCAUCCUCUCUCCCUCUCAUCCGCCCUUCCUCUCAUCCGCCCUUCCUCUCAUCCUUCCUUCCUCACAUCCUCCUUCCUCUCAUCCUCCCUCCCUCUUAUCCACCCUUCCUUCUCAUCCUCCUUUCCUCUCGUCCUCCCUUCCUCUCGUCCACCCUUCCUCUCGUCCACCCUUCCUCUCGUCCUCCCUCCCCCUCAUCCGCCCUUCCUCUCAUCCUCCCUUCCUCUCAUCCUCCCUUCCUCUCAUCCUCCCUUCCUCUCGUCCUCCCUCCCUCUCAUCCUCCUUUCCUCUCAUCCUCCCUUCAUCUCAUCCACCCUUCCUCUCGUCCACCCUUCCUCUCGUCCUCCCUCCCCCUCAUCCGCCCUUCCUCUCAUCCUCCCUUCCUUUCAUCCUCCCUUCCUCUCAUCCUCCCUUCCUCUCGUCCUCCCUCCCUCUCAUCCUCCUUUCCUCUCAUCCUCCCUUCCUCUCAUCCUCCCUUCCUCUCAUCCUCCCUUCGUCUCAUCCUCCCUUCCUCUCAUCCGCCCUUUGUCUCAUCCUCUCUCCCUCUCAACCGCCCUCCCUCUCAUCCCCCCUUCCUCUCAUCCGCCCUUCCUCUCAUCCUUCCUUCCUCGCAUCCUCCCUUCCUCUCAUCCUCCCUUCAUCUCAUCAUCCCUUCCUCUCAUCCUCCUUUCCUCUUAUCCUCCCUCCCUCUCAUCCGCCCUUCCUUCUCAUCCUCCUUUCCUCUCAUCCUCCCUUCCUCUCGUCCUCCCUUCCCUUCUUCCACCCUCCCUCUCAUCCGCCCUUCCUCUCAUCCUUCCUUCCUCGCAUCCUCCCUUCCUCUCAUCCUCCCUUCAUCCCAUCAUCGCUUCCUCUCAUCCUCCUUCCCUCUUAUCCUCCCUCCCUCUCAUCCGCCGUUCCUCUCGUCCUCCCUUCCUCUCAUCCACUUUUUCUCUCAUCCUCUCUUCCUCUCGUCCUCCUUUCCUCUCAUCCUCCCUUUCUCUCAUCCUCCCUUCAUCUCAUCCUCCUUUCCUCUCAUCCGCCCUUCAUCUCAUCCUUCUUUCCUCUCAUCCUCCCUUCCUCUCAUCCUCCCUUCCUCUCAUCCUCCCUUUCUCUCAUCCUCCCUUCCUCUCAUCCUCCCUUCCUCUCAUCCUCCCUUGCGCUGCAGGAGAUUCUGCUUGUGGUGACUCCCCCCCGCCAUCCCUUGUGGGACUGGAGUACCACUGAUGUCGGCGGAUACUCCGCCCUCCGCCCUUGA